UCCGCGGGCAGCGUAACCAGCAUCACCCUCCCAAACUCCAGCCUCAACGGCACUCUCGACUCCUUCGGCUUCUCCUCACUCCCCAACCUCACCGUCCUCAACCUCAACGCCAACCUGCUACGCGGCCCCAUCCCUCCGAACAUCUCCUCUCUAUCGAAGCUCGCCACGCUAGACCUCGGCAGCAAUGGCUUCGUCGACGCUCUGCCGCCCCAGGUCGGCCAGCUUUCGGAAAUCACCCAUCUCCGCCUCUACAACAACAGCUUGGUCGGGGAGAUCCCCUAUCAGCUCAGCAACCUUAACAAGGUGCAAGAGUUCGAUCUCAGCUCGAAUUACUUGGAGGAUCCUGAUUACGCCAAGUUCGCUCCUUUGCCUUCGGUCACGUAUUUUUCGCUCUCGCUCAACUCCCUCGUCGGAGAAUUCCCUGCAUUCUUGUUGAAUUGCACGAACUUGACGUUCCUAGACUUGUCGCUGAACGAGUUCACCGGUCCGAUACCUGAAGAGCUGACGAGGCUGGCUGAUCUUCAGUACCUCAACCUGACGUCUAAUUCUUUCCGAGGACCGAUCCCGCUGCUCCUGACGAAGUUUACAAAGCUCAGAGACCUCCGGCUUGGUACCAAUCAGUUCGCUGGAGGAAUACCGCCCGAGAUUGGAUCGAUGACCAGCCUUCGGAUACUUGAACUGUACAACAAUUCGUUGGGCGGGCCGAUUCCUUCUUCGUUCGGACAGUUGAAGAAUCUGGAGUGGAUCAGUAUCAAGCUAGCUGGAUUGAAUUCUACCAUACCGAUGGAGCUCGGGUUGUGCACAAAUCUCCAAUACGUCGAACUGUCUCUUAAUUAUCUCACCGGUGGAUUGCCCUCCUCUUUUGCAAACCUGACCAAAAUGAAGGAUUUUGGGAUUUCAGCCAAUCUGUUGUCUGGUGAGAUCUCAGGUGACUUGUUCAGAAACUGGCCUCAGCUGGCUUCGUUUCAGAUACAGGUCAAUUCGUUGGCAACGGAAUUGCAGUAUCUGUACCUCUUCAGCAACUUCUUCUCAGGAUCGAUCCCACCUGAGAUUGGGAGCUUGAUCAAUUUGCUGGAAUUGGAUUUCUCAAACAACUCGUUGUCGGGUACGAUCCCAGCUGAGCUUGGGCAGCUUACUAACCUCACAUCAUUGGGCUUGUUCUCCAACAAUCUCACAGGCAAAAUCCCGCCUGAGAUUGGAAACAUGACUUCAUUGGUCUAUCUAGAUGUAAACACCAACCAAUUAGAAGGGGAGCUGCCCAGCACAAUUUCCGAGCUUGAAAACCUUCAAACUCUUCAGGUAUUUACCAACAAUUUCACUGGGACUCUACCUCAAGAUCUCGGUAAGCAUGGGCUCUUGGUUACUGCAAGCUUUUCGAACAAUAGCUUCUCGGGUCCGCUUCCACCUACUCUUUGCAGCGGCUUCCAACUUCAGUACUUGACAGUCAACAGAAAUAACUUCUCAGGGCAUCUGCCUGACUGCUUGCGCAAUUGUCGUGACUUGAUACGAGUUCGGCUAGAGGGGAACCAGUUCAUAGGCGAUAUAUCAGAAGUAUUUGGCAUUCACCCCCAACUCAAAUACUUGGAUGUCACAGGGAAUCAAUUGACAGGAACACUAUCAUCAGACUGGGGACAAUGUGAAAGCCUUCAAUACUUGCACAUAGAUGGAAACAGCAUCACUGGAGAUAUCCCAGUGCAGUUUGGUGAGAUGAGCAAGUUACAGGAUCUGGGCUUGUCUUCCAACUUCUUGUCAGGCACAAUUCCGUCUGAGCUUGGGAAUUUAGAUCAGCUCUACAGGCUGAAUUUGAGCAGUAAUCUGAUAUCUGGGACAAUUCCUUCACAGAUUGGCGGUAUCACAUUGUUACAGAGUCUCGAUUUAUCAGGAAACAAGCUGACAGGCAAGAUACCUACUGAGCUCGGCAAUCUGGAUCGGCUUCUUUUGCUUGAUUUAGGCCAGAAUGACUUGUCAGGCACCAUACCUGACCAACUUGGGAACUUGGGUUCUUUGCAAAUUGCAUUGGAUCUCAGUAGAAAUUCUUUAUCUGGAAAGAUUCCUUCUAAUUUGGCAAAAUUAUCAUCGUUGGAGAAGCUCAAUGUUUCCCAUAACGAGCUCUCUGGCCAGAUCCCGAAAGAGCUAUCACAGUUGUCCAGCCUGCUAACAGUUGAUUUCUCUUACAACAACUUAAGUGGUCCCCUACCUUCAGGGCACGCUUUUGAGAGUGCCACCUUGGAGGACUUCGUCGGGAACCAAGGGCUCUGUGGCAAUGUUUCAGGUCUGCCGUUGUGUUUUCUAGUUGCUGCAUCCAACGUUUCUCACAAGAAUCACACCAAGCUCAUCCUCGCCAUCAUUCUCCCCAUUGUCGGAGCUCUAAUACUAGCAUUCAUAUUCACUGCAACCAUUUAUGUAUGGAAAAGGAGAGAAGAAGAGCCUGUCAUGCUGGAGAGCAUCAACACAGAUAGUUCAGAGUCUCUGAUAUGGGAAAGAGAAGGGAAGUUUACUUUCUUCGAUAUCAUGAACGCAACCGAUAACUUCAAUGAAGUGUUCUGCAUCGGAAAAGGGGGUUUCGGGAGCGUCUACAAGGCUGAGCUACCCAAUGGCCAAGUAGUCGCCGUGAAGAAGCUCCACAUGUCUCAGCCUGGUGAGAUCCCAGAAACCACACGAAAGAGCUUUGAGAAUGAAAUAAGGGCUCUGACCGAGGUCAGGCAUCGCAACAUUGUGAAGCUUCACGGGUUCUGUUCAAGGAACGGGAACAUGUAUUUGGUCUAUGAGUAUGUUGAGAAGGGGAGCUUGGCCAAAGUAUUGUAUGGAGAUGACGGGAGCAAGAAGUUCGGUUGGGCUCAAAAGGUGAAGGUGGUUCAAGGUGUGGCUCAUGCUCUGGCGUAUUUGCACCAUGACUGCUCACCGCCGGUGGUGCAUCGAGAUUUGUCAGCGAACAACAUCCUGCUGGAGUCAGACUUCGAGCCGAGGAUUGCUGAUUUCGGUACAGCAAAAAUGCUGACACCAGGAGCAUCAAAUUGGACCACAGCUGCGGGAUCUUAUGGCUAUAUGGCUCCAGAGCUUGCAUAUACGAUGAAGGUCACUGAGAAAUGUGAUGUGUACAGUUUUGGAGUUGUGACGCUGGAGGUUAUGAUGGGGAAUCACCCAGGGGAGCUCAUUUCGUCUUUGCCAUCGUUGUCAGCAUCUUCAGGCAACGAUAUACUUCUGAAGGAUGUAUUGGAUCAAAGGCUUGACCCGCCAACAGGUCAAUUGGCUGAGGAGGUGGUAUUCAUAAUGAAAGUUGCUCUUGCUUGCACUCGAAAUGACCCAGCGUCGAGACCUUCAAUGCGAUUCAUAGCACAGGAGAUAUCUGCCCGGACACAGGCUUAUCUUCCCGAGCCGCUUCGUGCCAUUACAAUCAGCAAGCUUGUAGGCUUUACCAAAUGAUCUAUCCUGUUCAAUCCAAGAAGUAAAAGAUUGUUCAGAGAAAAAAAAAAUCUGAAUUUUACACUGAUAUUUUUUUACAAUAUACAUCCUAAGUUGUUUAUAGUUUGUUUAUUGGUCAAAAGGUGUUAUAUAUUUGAGCUCUUGCUUUGACAUCUUGAAUCAGAUGAAGAAACUAAGGCCAACAGAGACGGAGACUCAUUUGGCUUUACUCAUUGUUUU